UCCACACAACUACAGUGCCCUGGUCAAAUGUUUUUGUUUGUUGUGUUAUUUUAUUUUUCGCGUUUUUAAAGUGUUUUAAAUUAAAGUUUGAAGUGCAAUGGAGCUGCCGAAAGAGUUGUCCAUUUCGGAGAUCCGUAAUUACAUGUUGGCAAACGAUUGCAAAGUGACAAAUCACGCGUUGGUGAAGCACUUUAAGAAAUUCCUCACCCAUCCGCAGUCCCAAAAUGAGGCUCGCAAGCGUUUCAAGACCUAUGUCACACUGCUGUCCACGAUCAAGAACGAGAACAAUCAGAAGUUUUUGAUAUUGCGCAAGAAAUAUGUGAAUGAAUGUCCCACGGAGGAAGUUGUGGAGCGUGCAGUUGCCGCUGCAUCCAGUAACCCAGAGCCCUCAAGUCCAGGCGGAGGAUCGCUGAACUUUGACUCUCCCAUGAGGCAGCCACCACCGUAUAAACCCCCUCCAAUGGUCACGUCUCCGCCUGCUGUUUCCAUUACCAAGGAGCACCAAGAAAACUAUCAGGAAUGCGUGGACGAAUUUACGGCUGCUAUAAAGCGCAUAGAACCUGCCCGUUUGGAGAAGCAGCCGUCGAUUAAGUCAGAGGAUCCGGAUCCUCAGGAGAAACCACCAUCUUCCCGAUCCAACUCCAUCGAUGUGACCGACAACAAGGAGAAUAUACCUCGUUUCUCCUUCUCAUCGGAGGCAUCGACGGAUUCCUCUUCCAAUGAAAAGCCGGAGAAGACCGAUCUUAAUACUCCCUCCGGCGAGGGCGAUGUGGCCGAGAAUCCCAUCAGCGUAAAGGAGGCCACGCGCAAGUUCAACCGGAUGGCAUCUGAAGAGGAGGCUAAAAUCAUAUCGCCGCCAGCCAAGAAGAAGCCAGAGAAGCAAUUUAUCGAGGAGAAGGAUUCACCGGAGGUUACACUGUCGCAUCCCAAGGCAAAGGAGUGGAUCGUUUCGAUGGCUAAGGCUAAUUAUCAGGAGUUGGCCAAGAUGGCCAGCGAGUACCCGGAACUGGUUAAGCUGCAGUGUCCAGCGACGGUAAGUUUAUAACCAUUUUAAAACUUAUCCUUAAAUGUUAGUAUAAAAACUAGUUAGUACCUAUUAGCCACCAUCUAGCAAUUUAAUGCAAAUGAUUGCACAUACAAACCGUUUUCACGUUAUAAAACAAAACCAUUGACACGUUACUUCUGCAACCAUCUUUUCUUAGCCGUCAAGGACUUUUAGUUUUGGCCAGAACUUAAACCUGUUUUAAUCGAAAUUCAUUAUCUGCACAAAGUUAAAAUAAUAACCACAAGGGUGUGCAACCAUUGCCACUUAAUGCAAGGGUAUAUUUUGCAAUUAUCUUUCCUUUUUCGUGUAACUGCAACAUGGUUACCCUGAAACUUAACCGAAAGUUAACACACAAAAUAUGCAGUUUUAAUUAGAGUGUAGGUAAUAUUUUAAUAAAUACUUUAUGAAAGAAAUUAAAAUGGGGAAUGGUUGUCUUUAAAUGAACUUUUACCUUAACUAAAUGCUAUUAAAAAUAUGAAUAAGAUGUGACUAAAGUUACGGACCUAUACUAAGAGAUAUUUCCUUUUCAUUUAGAACAAAAUCUUCGCUAACUUAAUACCCAUUUACUGAAUAAACUGCCACAUUGUAGUCAUUUGUGUUAACAUUUAGAUAUUAUUGUACACGCGUGCUUGAUAUGUUGUUAAUAGGUCUUGUCGGACAAUAUAAAUGCACGAGCUGUUAAAUGUCGCCAAUGGCGGCGAGGAGGCAAGCACAAUAAAUACAUAAACUAAAAAAAAACGGGAAAAACAAUAAUUUAGCUUAACAACUUAAUAACAAAAACAGCACUCUGCUCGGACGAUCACCUGUUCGUUGGUCUCCGAUCGCCAGCCGACGACGAGGAUCGUCAUUCCUUUUGGACAGGCACAGGAGUGAACCCUCAUCGCCGCGACUACUGUGCAACUGAAUGAUGCAAAAACCAAAAAAAAACAAAAAAUGGAAAAAAAAAUAUAAAAAUAAAGCAACCUAAGCCCGUUCGCAGUUAUGAGUUUCCACCUGUUCGCGAAUUUAUUGAUUGCCACAUUGACAAAUGAGCCACCCUGCUGUUAUAAAACCAAUUAAAGGAAGGCUCCCUUUUGCAUGCCUCCAGCUCACUGGGAUAUUACGAAUAAAUUAGGUCCGGUGAGAAUUAAUUGGACAGUCGGGCCACCGGACACUCGGUGUGAUAUAUAAAUCAUGGCAGCAAUGCGGCAAUAACAGGAUUAUCCCAACUGCGAAUUAAUUUUGCUUAGAGAAGAAGCCAAGUGCGUCGGCCAGCGAUCUAAAUGCGUCAGAAUCUUGAUUACAGAGAGAGAAAUUUAGAAAGAUAAUAAAAGAACAACAUGAAAAUAUAUAGACAUAUCUAAAGUCUCGGAAUAUUAUUAUUCUAAAUACGUAUUUUAAGAGGUCCUAAUUAUUUUUAAUUAGUUGAAUUUAAACAUCCCGCUAGAAUGUCAAAUUCGACCUUUUUGUGUUUUCCCCGCUGGGCACACUGACACGCACCGUUAGAACGCUUACGCAGAAAAAGCAGGCAGGGUCGAUAAUCCGAGUUUUAAUUUUAUUAUAACUAUUUUAGAAGGAUCAUUAAGGCUGUUAAUAAAUAUAACAGGCAAUAGAUUAUUCAGUAAAAUUUUAAGUAUCACUUAUACUAUAGAUCUCUUUAAGUGCUUCCUUUUCUUUAAGUGUACUAAUUAGAGACACUCUCAGAGAUGCCAAUAAGUAGUCCCCGCGAGGCAGCCAAAAGGCCAGUGUUGAAUGUCCAGUGGCCAGGAAAGAGCACCUGCCAAAGCGGUCGACGCAUCAUUAAUAAUUCCGAGGGAGCGGCUAAGUCAGCCGCACGCAUAAUAACCACGAUUAAAGCAAACAAGGCUCAUUGUCGGUUAAAUGACAAGUUUUGACAACUUGUGAAACGACAAGUGGCCAGCGAGAGCGAUCGGCCCACGGACCUCGGACCAGUGACCACUGACCAGGGGACUUAUACGGAUACGGAUUCGGGUGGGGAAAUGGACGAGGGUAUCGCCGUGGCAGGCAGGCAAGCAGCAGCAGCAGCGGGCAGCGAACGACCCAGUUAAAUUAAUAAUCCGCAUAAUUGGAUAACUUAACUUGGGAGCGAAAGAGAAAGGACAUGGUGACGACAAAAAGAGCGUUAUUUGCUUUGCGCUUAAUAUAUCAUUUAGAUUGUUUCGUUUUGAUAAAAAACGCUGUGAAGACUUUGGCUGUCAUUAUUAUUGUUGUUGUUGUGUUUAUUUUAUCGUAUCCCCGGUGAUUAUUGUUGUUUUUGGCUUGUCAAGAUUGUUAGCUAUUCUAUUCGAAAUGGCGUGGCAAUUAGACCUAUGUAGUUGUCGAUUUGGUCAGCUUUGAUAUUGAUUAGGUUUUAUUUUUGUUCAUAUACUCGUAUGUGUAUCAUGUCCAGUUUAGCGUAAAUAGAAAAUAAUUGUUUCUGUUUCACAAUUAUGUCCCGAAAGAUUGGUGGCUUGUCUCUGAUCACUCUGGGAACUAGCACACCUUUCGAAAGUGAUAGCCUAACUAGAUAGCUUAAUUGGAGGCUUAAAUAUCUGGGGUUAAAUUAGUUUAGCAUUAGUUUAGGUCUGAGCAUGUCGAUGGUUUAGGUAGAGCUUAAAGUUGGUGCUAGGAUGGAGGAAUUAUUAAUAUUUCACGUUGAUUAGGUGAUUUUUUCCUAUUUUAUUCACAUUUUAAGGAAAUAAUAUUGUAUCUUAAGUUAUUAGAUAUUAUAAAACAUUUAAAUACUUUUAUAAUCAUUUUAAAAUUUAUCCUUAUCUAUUAUCUACAUCAACUUACUAUUCCAACCCCCCUUGUCAUUCACUUUUAAUUACUAUUCCCAUUCUAAUGCUUUCUUUUUCGGUAAUUUACAACCAUGUACCAACAUUCACCGAUCGGAAACAAACA